CUCUUUGUAAUGUUUCUUGCUCAAAUGAGUAUUCCAAUCACAGUUGCAUUUGCAUGUAUAUCAGUCCAAAAUAUAGAGUAUAGUCUAUAAAUAUAGUCUCUGUUUACUGUAAGUUUGGCUGAUAAUGCUUCUGUUUCUGAGAUGCUCAUUUGAACAAGCAAUGUUAAAAGUGGAAGUUCCUCUACCAGGCUGUUCUUGCUUUCCUUUGCACCUCAUAUUAAAAGCGUAGAACGGAUAACAUCGUUACUAUGUGGUGAAUCUUCGGAGCUUGCUCUCUGGUAGCCUGGCUGGUUUAGGCUUCAUGUAUCUUGAUUGGAGACUUAAUGCUUAUUAGCAUCUCACCAAGGAAGGAACAAAAAACUGAAUUUUGAUUCGCAAACACAGGCCACAAGCAAGAGCUUAAUUCAGUGAAAAAAGGUCAGAUAAGUAACAGAAGUGAAUGUUAGGCUCUCUUAUACUGCGUUGUGAGAGUUGAUAGGAUUCUCACUGGUUAUAUUAGGAGCUGAAGAAUAUUGUAUUGUUUAAGCUAAUAAGGAACUCAAGAGAGCUGAUACCUUCACCAGCAUGGAAGAAAAGAUUAUUCCCCUGCCGUGGAUUAAAGUAAGAUCUGACAAGUUUCGUUAGUUGUCUCGAUGACACUUUCACUUCAAUAUCCCAAGCUGAUUGACUACACAAAGCCCGGUUCGCGUUGUCAAGAUUGGUCCAUACUUGGUUACAAGAACAAAAAUCCCGUUGCAAAGAAAAAGGGAGAAUGAUGAAACGGAAUCGAAGGAAAAGGUAUAAUCCAAAGUUACAUCUAAAGCAGGCGCAAAUGAUAAAGUUCUUGCAAACAUGGUUCAUGCCACGGCAUCCAGACCUUCCCCCAGUCGCAAAGAAAAGCAUCUCACACUCCACUUCUUGAGCCAUGGUUUGCCCCCAGUGCAUCAUUCAGCAUCUUCCCUUACCCACCAAGCCAUGGCGAAAGAUUUCAUCUCUGUCUUUUCUUCUGUUUUGGUCACAGACAUCUUAUUUUUUCUGGCAUCAACGCUCGUCCGAGGAGUCGAAGGGACAAUUGGGGUAAACUAUGGCACCGUUGCGAACAAUCUUCCCCCACCAGCUCAGGUGGCGCAUUUCCUUUUAGAGUCCACUGUCAUCAACCGCGUUAGGCUCUUCGACCCCAACCCUGAAAUUAUAAAAGCCUUUGCCCACACUGGCAUUGCUAUCACAGUAACUGUUCCAAAUGAUCAAAUCCCUCACCUUACCAAGCUAAACUUGGCUCAACAAUGGGUGGAAGACAAUAUCCAACCUUACACACCAGCCACGAAUAUAGUCCGUAUUUUAGUAGGCAAUGAAGUAAUAUCAACAGCAAACAAAUUGUUAAUAGGAAGUCUUGUUCCAGCUAUGCAAACCCUCCACACCGCCCUUGUUGAAGCUUCACUAGACCGUAGAAUCCAAGUCUCCACACCUCACUCUCUAGGCAUUCUCUCAAAUUCAAGCCCACCAUCCACUGGAAAGUUUCGACAAGGCUAUGACAUUCAUGUUCUCAAACCAUUGCUUAGCUUCCUUAGAGAUACCAAUUCACCCUUCAUGGUGAACCCGUAUCCAUUUUUUGGCUGCUCACCUGAUACCCUUGAUUAUGCCCUGUUUCGGCCAAAUGCAGGAGUGUUCGAUGAAAACACAGAGCUGCAUUACACAAACAUGUUAGAUGCUCAAUUAGAUGCGGUCUUUUCAGCGAUGAAAUUCGUAGGAUUUGAUGAUCUUGAGAUUGUCAUAGCCGAAACCGGUUGGCCAUCCAUGGGGGAUUCGACCCAAGUUGCUGUUGAUGCAGGGAGUGCAGCUGAAUACAAUGGCAAUCUCAUGCGGCACGUAACAUCUGGUGCUGGCACACCCCUAAUGCCAAACCGGACUUUCGAGACCUACAUCUUUGCACUUUUCAAUGAAAAUCUUAAGCCAGGGCCUACAUGUGAGAGGAAUUUCGGGCUCUUCCGACCAGAUAUGACACCCGUUUACGAUGUUGGGAUCCUAAGGCCCACGGCUAGAUCAUCCAUUCCUAACAACCCAACCCCAGUGCCAACGGCCGCGCCGGUGAAUCCAACUCCGAGGUCUGAGGGAAAACAAUGGUGUCUUCCCAAAACGGGCGCGGAUGAAGAUGCUUUACAAAGAAACAUUGAUUAUGUGUGCGGUUUGGGUUUGGACUGUGGACCGAUUCAAGAAGAUGGAGCUUGCUUCCUUCCUAACACUGUUCGAGCCCAUGCAGCUUUUGCCAUGAAUGCUUACUAUCAAUCCACCGAUAGGAAACAGUAUGAUUGUGAGUUUGAGCAAACUGGAGCCAUCACAGACAUUGAUCCAAGCUAUGGAAAGUGUCAAUACUGAUGCUGAUGAAGAGGACAACUUUUUGCAAUCAGACGACCAGGGGGCAUAGAACUAGGAAUGUUUGAUCAGUUUCAAUUUUGUUUUCGCUCGUCUUUAUAGUUCCUUCACAGACAAGAAAACAGGAACAGGGAGGAGGGAUGUAACAUGCCUAGGCAUAGACGCAUGCUCAUAUGGUGAUGGUAUUCGCCACGAAUUACAUUCCAGAUAUAUACACAAAUUUUUUACUAGCUCAAAGAUGUAAUGCUUGAAUGGACAUUUUGUUGGAGUACAAUUCCGAGCCCUUUGAUAAA